AUGACACUGUUACGCGGUCUGCUACUGAGCGGCUUGCUGGCAAUUGCACCGGCAAGCUUUGCCGAAGAAGCUGCUGAUGCAGCUACACCAGCGAGUGACCUUGCGGUAACCGAGGCGAACUCACUUGAUCAAUUGCUCGACAAUGUUGAGCAGCGACGAGUGGUUGAAUCGCGAGAGCAUACCGCACGCGAGCGUCGUUUUGCUCAGGAUCGUGCUAACCAGGCGAAACUGUUACAGGAUGCCCAGGCUGAACGCACACGUGAAGAGCGUCGCUCGGACCGGCUUGAGACCACGUUUGAAGAAAACGAAAUUCGCAUCGGCGAUCUUACCGAGCAGCUGGACAAGCGCUUAGGCAGUUUGCGUGAAUUGUUUGGCGUGCUGCAGCAGGUAGCUGGUGACACCCGUGGUUUGUUCGAGGCUUCAUUGAUUUCGUCACAAUAUCCUAACCGCGGUGAGUGGUUGGAUGCGCUGGCUAAGAAGAUGGGUACCGCAAGCCAGUUGGCAACCAUUGAAGAAAUGGAAACACUCUGGUUCGAGCUUCAGCGUGAAAUGACUGAAUCUGGCAAAGUUUCACGUUUCCCGGGCACCAUAACCAAACUGUCUGGCGAAAAAGUUAAUACCGAUAUCGUUCGCGUGGGGUCUUACGCGUUGCUCGGUGAAGGUGAAUACCUGCAAUGGGAUGCAGACACUCAAUCUAUUAUUGAACUGGCUCGCCAACCUUCCGGCCGGCACGUCUCCACUGCGGCUGCGGUACAGGAAUCUGCCGCUGGCGAGAUUGUUGAAUUUUCUGUUGACCCAUUACGCGGUUCUCUGCUCGCGCUGUUGAUUCAGGCUGCCACUAUCGGUGAGCAGGUUGGUUCGUUAGGCGCAGUUGCUGAAUGUUACCUGCCUUUCUGUGAUGGACAGGGUGGUACGGUAGGCGCGAUUAUUAUUCUGGGUGGAUUUAUUGGUGUCCUGCUUGCGCUGGAACGCCUGUUAACUCUGACCAUGAUUGGCGCGAAGGUGAACGCUCAGCGCAAGAACCCAACGCCAAGCGACGACAACCCACUGGGUCGAGUCCUCAAGGUUUAUGAUGAAAACAAAGAAGUUGAUGUCGAGACGCUGGAGCUGAAGCUUGGUGAAGCGAUUCUCGGGGAGACGCCGAAGUUGACGCGAAACAUUACCUUGAUUCAGGUGAUCUCUGUAGUAGCUCCGUUAACCGGUCUGUUAGGAACGGUUAUCGGUAUGAUCGAGACGUUCCAGGCAAUUACGCUGUUUGGUGCAGGUGAUCCGAAGACUAUGGCGAGUGGUAUUUCAAAAGCCUUGAUGACCACCGUUCUGGGUCUGUGUGUUGCAAUUCCAACAACGCUGUUGCACGCACUGGUUAAUGCCCGCUCGAAGUCUGUUAUUCAUGUUAUUGAAGAGCAGAGUGCAGGCAUUAUUGCGGAUCACGCUGAAAAAUCCGGCGACGCUUAUCUCGCGAUUAUCCGCUUCAUGGAAAUGGGAGGUGAUGUGCUCUGGCUCAUCGCCCUCAUCACUUUCCUGAUGUGGACCCUCAUCUUCGAAAGAAUGUGGUUCUUCUAUACGGAACACAAAAGCCUGGUACGAGAGUCCACCGAAAGGUGGGAAGGACGUGCAGAGCGGACCUCAUGGAGCGCGCGCCAAGUACGUGAAGCCAUGAUUUCUGACGCGUCGGAUCGUAUAACAGGAUCGUUGCCCAUCAUUCAGACAUGUGUGGCAUUGUGUCCACUGUUUGGCUUGCUGGGCACCGUUACCGGCAUGAUCGCGGUGUUCGACGCAAUGGCGACCCAGGGCGGCAAUGCGCGCUCUAUGGCCGCCGGCGUGUCGAUGGCCACCAUACCAACAAUGUCAGGUAUGAUUGCCUCAUUGUCCGGUCUUGUUGGCAGCACCUGGUUGCGACGUAAAGUGGAUUAUGAAGUUGAAUUGUUCGAAGACCACCUGACGUUGGAUCACUAA